CUUCUCUCUCUUUCAACAGCUCAAUCUUUUGCACCUGAGAAUCUCAUAUUUUCCAAGUUCAAAGACAAGCUUCAGAGGUCUCUUUCAAAGGCAAUGGUGGUGUUCAUCACUGAUUCUCACUGGAAAACAACUCUGGUGGUUGAGUUGGUGAAUUGAAAGCAAUCAGAGCAAGCUCUCUCUCUCUCUCUCUCUCUCUCUCUCUCGAGGGUCGAUUGGAAAACAGGAAAAGAUACUUUCUGCGCUACACGGGUUUUCCGGGACUUUUGACUAUUUUUUUCCCACUUUAAUAUAUCGCUUCUCUCUCCCUGUAAGUUUUGCUUAUAUAUCUUCUCUGCCCUCCUCUGUUUACUUUACCACUCUUGUUAUCAGAACCCAAUAUGAGACUGAAAAUUGCUCAACCCACUUUGCAAUGCUCACUAGUCCUCCCUCAAUCCUUUCCUUCUCCAAAUCCCACUUCUCCAAUCAAUUCUUCCUCAUCUUCAACCAAAUCUACCAAAAGAAACACAACUUUUCUUUACAAAUUUUCUGUUUUAACCACAUGGCCAUCCACGAAACUCUUGAAAUCUAGAUCAUUCAACAAACCCAUCUCAACAGCUCCCACCAUGAAACGGGCUUGCAGUCAUGCCGAUUUUGAUGACUUUUCCCAUGAAGAUUUAUCUGAAAUUAUCCAAAAUUUUGAAUUAUCAGAGGAUGAAAACACCACCACUUGGUCAAAGUCAGUUGUGGGGACUGAAGAACAUAGAACCAAUCUGUCAUUCAGGGCUUCAUUAUUCCCAUCAAAGCUCGGAUCAUUAGAGCCUUUUACGCUUGGGAUAGAGCCAGAGCCCCCACAAUGGCCGGAGAGGGAAGAGCUUAUCUGGGCAAUUAUCGAAAGAAGAGCGAACAGCGUCGAUUUUCCACUUUCUCUUAGGAUAAUAAAGAAGAAGCAACAAUGGCAAGAGGGUUUUGGAGGUUUAGGAGAAUCAACUAGUUGUUCGGUUAAGAAAACCUUCUCUUCAAUGGUGUUCAUCAUUCUAGAGCUUCAAAGUCAUGCAUUGAAGAUGAGAGAAUUCAUAUCCUAUGAGGAUUUAGAGAAGAUCAAAGCUCGAGUGCACAGAGAAAUGUACGCCUCUUUCGCGUGGUUGUUCGAACAAGUUUUUUCGCGCACACCGUCUCUGAUGAUCUGUUUGAUGAUCCUUUUGGCAGAUUUUUCAAUCUAUUCAAUGUCUCACAACACUGCUAUUCAAGACAAUUCAUUACUGAGUACAUUGUGUGAAGCCACAGAAAAUGUUUCAGCAUUGGAGAGUAUGAAUCAACUACAAUUCGAGUCAUUUUCCAGGAAAAUUUGUGGUGGUGGGAACGUUCACUCUCUGCCAGAUGAUUUAUCCGGGUUUUCUUGGAAUGAGGAUUGCAAAAUCAGUGAAAAGGACGCGGGGUUGUGGGGUUUGGUGGUGGAUGAAGCCACUAGGAUGCAGGAGGAAUCAAGGGGUGGAGUUGUUGAUCAUGAUACGAUGCAAUCGUUGGUGUCCCCUGUUUUAGUGGAGCUUGAACCAGAUGAUUACACGGAAUACUAUAGAACUGACCUUCUAUAUCAGAUGGGAUUGUCUCAAGACCCAAACAAUUCACUUCUGCUUUGUAACUAUGCUCAGUUCCUCCACCUUGUUGCCAAUGACCAUGACAGGGCGGAGGAGUGCUUCAAGCGUGCCAUACAAGUGGAACCGUACGAUGCAGAGGCGCUAAGCCGAUACGCAAAUUUCUUGUGGAUAGUAAGAAAGGACCUGUGGGGAGCAGAAGAAAGAUUUCUGGAAGCAAUUGCAGCAGAACCAGAGAACCCUUUUCACGCCUCCAAAUACGCCAAUUUCUUGUGGAGCACUGGUGGUGAAGAAACCUGUUUCCCUAUCAAUACUUGCUAGAACAACAGCAAGGCCUAAAACUUUUUUUUUGUUUUUUUUUUUGACAUGAGUAAGGUCUAAAACUUGUAGGAACCGAUGAUGCAGUCACAAGAGCACGAGCAUGAGCACGAGCACGAGCACGAGCAUGAGCAUGCUUCCAAGAAUCCCGGGCUCUGAUGCUAGCAUGCGCUUGAAGGAUAGAGGGAAUACUGUAUUUUGCUACACUGGAGGACAACCGGGGCUGCGAGGCCCGUGGAUAUUGGUAGGUAGAUAAAAUUUUGGGCGAAUAAAAAGGGAGAAAUGGGAAAUGAAGCAAGCUAGAGAUGUUCAAAAUUUGAUGGGAUUUUGGGAGGGAAAGGUUAUUAUUUAAAAAAAAAAGAAAAAAAAAGAAAAGAAACACAUGAGCUGAGGUGGAGAUGACUCUGCAUGGGGUUACUGGAUUAGCAUUUUGUGAUCUGUAUGAUGGGCUCUGGUAUAAAAAGCCAAGGGAAAUGAAUGAGAAGGCUACAUGAAUUUAUUUAGUGAUUGUAGAGGUGGAGCAUGCAUUAUAUUGUCUUUGAUUUUAGAAAUAAAAUAGCGAAAAGUUUGAAGAUUCUUCAUUU